UGGAUUAUGGAUUCGCGACUAUUUAUAGAAGCGCACUGACUGUGUCGAGCUCAGUUUUCGAUGCAAGUAUGUCAGGCCAAGUAGUAGUUACUCUCGUUGCUGCGCUCUGUGUGCUUUUGCCGAUGGCCUGGUGCAUGCCCAGCCAGAUAUCGCGGCAGGAGGCUACGACAACAACAUCGGCACGUCGCGAGAUCAUCAAAGACUUUAUGGCACGAGUGCAGGCCCUGAUAAUCGAAUUAAUGGAGAAACUAAAGGCGCUCAGUGCCCUUGGAUAGAAGCUACAAUGAAAAUAAAGAAUAAAGAUAAAGGAAGUCCAUAAUAAAGCUAGAGACAAAGUUGACGUAA